AAGAAUGUUAAUAACACAAUAUCUUUAAAAAUUCUAUUAAAAAAUUAUGGUUCUUAAGCAUUCUGAGAUAAAUAAGAUUAAUAAAUCAUUAAAAAAAGAGGUCUUAAUUAGUAAAAAACGAGUUCCAUUAAGAUUGGAUAAUGAAAACUACUGUUCAGAUGAAGAUGUGGAUUCUAGACAGGCUUUACGUCAGGAAUAUAGGAAGUUAAUUAAGAUGACAGAUGAAAAAAAGCAAGAUUAUAUUAAGAGAGGUGAUGAUGGGUUAAUAAAUACAAUAAGAAUGGCAGACCAGCUUUUUGAGAAAGUUAAAAGGCCUCAGGAAGCAGCCUUAGAUUCACAACUUCUUGUACAGACAGUUGGCAUUGUAAAUACGAAAGCAAAACGCUUAAAAUUGGGAGAUUUACUAUUUGAUAUGGAUUUAUAUAUUGUAAAAUUAUUAUCAUUUAUUAAAACUGAUAAAGAUUGCCAUAUGAACGAAGAUUCAGGGAUAGAUUGGAUGAAAAUCGGGAGAUUGGCAAUGUUAUGUAAUAAGAGGCCACCUACUAUAAAUUUUAUGUUAGGGCCUUUAUCAGUUGAAAGAAAAGAGCGAAAAGUUACGCGCCAAGAAAGGUUUCAUAAAAAUAAAGAAGAUCUUGUUCAGCCAGAGGAGAUCAAAGACGGAGAUAUAUUGCCUCAAGAUAACACAACUCCUAAAAAUGUUAUGAAUAUUGACAAUUAUUUAAAACGUCAUUCUCCUAUAGGAUUAUUUGAAUUUGUUAUAAAUCCAGAAAGUUUUUGUCAAACAGUAGAAAAUAUGUUUUACUUAACUUUUUUAAUAAGAGAGGGCAAAGCUAGUUUGGUGAAAGGGAAAAAUGAUAUAUUAAUCCUUGAAAGUAAAAACAUGUCUUCAAGUGAAGAACAAGCUCAAGGAAAUAAGAAACAAGCAGUUAUGUAUAUUGAUAUGAAAAUUUGGAGGGAUGCUAUUGAAGCAUUGGAUAUAACAAAAUCUAUUAUCUCAACUAGAUAAGUUUAUUUAUAAUCCCCUAUAUCGCAAAUACAAUACUAUCCAAUA